AAAUCACCUUCAACCAAGACUGAGAGAGAGGAGAAUCCACAUCUCCUCAGAUAGGUGCUCAGAGAGGGGCUUAGGAAUGGCGCAAUGGAUCUAUCAGGUUUUGCUCCCCUGCCUCCCACUCGAGGGCUUCCUUCCGUCCUGCAGCGGGGAGGCUGUCUGUACUCAGCCUUCUCCCUGCCCCCAGGUGGCAGGACUGCAUUUGUUCAGGAGCAGACAGACCAGCGAGCCUCUGCUCUCCUGGUCUGCUGGUCUUGGCCCUGGCCGUCAUCACACCAGGGCCCGCCCCCCUCUCCCCUCUGAGCCCCGCCUCCUGCCGCUGGCUCAGCCUCCCAGCCCUGGACACAGUCAGUACACACAGCCCAGAGGCUGAGCUCAAGGAGAAACAAAAGGAACUGCCAGGGUCCCCAUGGCUAUGGCCAGCACCUUCAUACCAGGACUGAACCCCCAGAACCCUCAUUAUAUCCCAGGGUACACUGGACACUGCCCACUACUUCGGUUCAGCAUGGGCCAGACCUACGGAGAGAUGACUGGGCAGCUACUUCGCAGCUCUCCUGGCCUCGCCUGGCCCCCCGCCCACCGCACACUUCUGCCUCCCAUUCGGCCUCCAAGAUCCCCCGAGCCUCGCAGGAGAAGCCUGCCUGUCAGGCGUGGACACGAAAGGCUCAGCUCCAGCAUGGUCCCCGGGUACACAGGUUCGGAUACGGGUAUGAACAGGGUCCCCCAUCCCAGAACACGGGCCCCACGCUCUAAUGCAUCUCCUUUGUCCCCUGCCCACCUAGGUUUUGUGCCACAGGCACAGUUCAUCUUUGCCAAGAACUGCAGCCAGGUCUGGGCUGAGGCUCUGAAUGGUUUUACUCAGUGGAGCGGAGGACAGGGGAGUCAGGAGCUGCCCAAAGAGGCCAAGGGAGAAAAAGACGUGGAGAAAGACCAAGAGCCAAAGCCGGGGGCAGAGCUGGAGGCAGAAAAGGAGCCGGAGCUGGGGCAGGAGGCGGAACAAGCUUCCCCUUAUUCCAUGGAUGACAGAGACCCUCGCAAGUUCUUCAUGUCAGGCUUCACUGGUUAUGUGCCCCGUGCUCGCUUCCUCUUCGGCUCCAGCUUUCCUGUGCUCAGCAACCAGGCGCUGCAGGAGUUUGGAAAGAUGAAGUCACCGGGCAGGUCCCAGAAGGAUCCUAAGCAUCUCCCCGCACUGUCCCGGACCUACCCUCAGCGCCUGGGCCUUUUACCUAAAUACGGGGGCUAUGUCCCAGGGUAUAAGUUCCAGUUCGGCCGCACGUAUGGGCAUCUCACCCAGGAUGCUCUGGCUCUCAGCGCCCUCCAGAAGCAGCUCCUGGUGUAGGUACCUGGCAUUUAAGUUCUCUCUUCCCUUGUCAUCCUAUCCCAGCCAUCCUUUUGGAAAGAAGAAAGGCGGGUUGGCAGGAGGAAGCACAAAGAGAGAACAGUUUGGAGGCCGAGCACCUUUUUUAUUAAUAGGUGUAAUAAAUAAAUAA